ACCAGAUUCCUCACCAAGGACUCCGUGAAGCAUGAAAAAUGUGUUCGAGAAGUACCUCUGUUUCACCCUUUCUCCAUCGACCCAAUAGUGAUAACGGUGCAGUGAUUGGACUCCCGAAAGUGUCACCCGAAGACAUGUCGAGCAUAACGAAUGAGCAGAAACCAGACGGAGACUGUGACGGCAGGAGUCGUAGCUGUCCCGGUAGUAUUAUAUCCAAGUGCGAUGUCAAAAAUAAAUUAAUAGACACACCAAGCGUUGGUCAGACGGUGAAUGUGCCUACAGGCAGUUGUGACGUUUAUAGCUGUGAAGGGCAGAGUACUGCUGAGGAUGAGGAUGAGGAUGAUAUUAUCAGUUCUGUAUUCAAGAUCUGUGAUCCUGCUGAAACAGGAAAAGUGUUGAGUUUCAUAGUCUUUGAAAUCGUGCAAAAUAUCACAGGAGCUGGUGAUGAUCAGCUGGGGAAGUUGCUCAUGAAGCUGGAUGAGGAGCAGCUUGGGGUGUAUCUGGAUUUCCCAACCUUUCAGGAGAAAAUGAAACAGUGGAUUGAAGACUGCCGCAAUGCCAGUCAGUUUGAAACAGAUGAAAGCACCUGUGACUCAGAAACUACAUGCGUGACCCCUCUAACAGAAGAAACUGUAGAAGAACAAGAACACAGACGUGAAAAUGGAUCUGACCUGAAAUGGGUUGGGAAGAGCGAUGCCAUUGCAGAACUUGUGCAUUCCAAAAGGAGGCUUUCCGUGGAGAAUGAAGAACUUCACAAAACCGUGGAGAUGUCAGAUAGCACCAACACACAUCUCCUGGAGGAGAACGUGGCUCUCAAAAGUCAGAUAAAGAGGAUCCAGCACACUAUGGCCCAGGCUGCAAGUAUAAGAGAGGAACUGGAGGAAAUUAGGGGAGCUUUAAAAAAGAAAAAAAUCAUGAACACCAAAUUAGAAAUGGUCAUAAAACAACUGGAAAAGAAAAAUGAAAUGCUGACAGCAAAAAUUAACUCACUCACUGACGAGGAAGGUAAAAUGUUUCUACAAAGACAAGCUGACCAGAAAAAAAUUAACCAACUGAAUGCUACUGUGCAUGAACUGGAGGUGCAACUUGAAGAAUUGAAAGUCAUUUUAUUGGCAAAGGAGGAGUUGGUUGCAAAGAAUGAUUGCACUAUUGCACAGCUAAACUGCUCACUAGAUGAAUACACUACAGUUACACAGGAUUUGCGACAGAAGUUGAAGAGCUUACAAGACCUGUUAGGUGAUACUCAGCAGGAAGCAGUCUUGCAAGGAGAAGGUGAUGUGUUUCAAGGAGUUCGUGGCACAGAAGUUUCACCUGUCCUAGGCUGUUACUCUCUGGAAUUUGAAAUAGCAGAGUGUGAAAAACAGAUUCAGCCGGAAAAUAAGGUAAUUCCAGAGAAGUCAAUAUGGGGAAAAGAGCUACCUCCUGUACAAAAACUGGCUAAAAUGGCUAUACCACUGGACGACACUGUUGGAGGUGAAAAUUCUGGCCUAGCUAAAUUACCUCGAGCCCUGUAUGAAGAUAGGACAUCCCUGAGAGAGCCUUCCUUCUCAUACAAAAAAAGCCUCCAUCAGCAGUUUGAGAGAGUGUACCAUUAUGCUCUUCCCAUUAGCCUGGUGGGCCUGUCACUACUGUGUAUCUACAGCCUUCUCCUGCCUGCUUUCAUGCCUGCCUCCCAGGGGGAGUGUGGUGCAUCAACCUGCAGGCUUUCAAUGUGGCGCAACUUCUGGUAUUUCCUUGUGCCGCAGUGGGGUCUGCGACACAUGAUCCCUCCUCCUGUUUGACCGUCCACUAACAUAACCCUGUUACUUCAUUGUGUUUUACUGGCCUUGUUGUUGUGCUGUACUGUUGAAAUAAAUAGACAGAGUUAAA